GGGCUGACUCAGCGGGCUCGUCACGCGGCGUAAGUUCGGAGUCGCACAAUUAUGAAAAGGCAACCUUCUGCUGGCUCUGGAAAGGAGGCAGAUUUUUCCGACCGAAAUUGGGCUUUCCUUCCACUGCAAACCGAGACCACCGUCGAUAGAUGGCUAAAAGCAACGGAAGGGCUCUUCCUGAGAUUCAACGGUGAAGAGAAUGUCCCAGAAAUCCUGGAUAGAAAACACUUUCACCAAGAGGGAAUGUGUGUAUAUUCUACCAGUUUCAAAAGACCCGCACAGAUGCCUUCCAGGAUGUCAGAUUUGCCAACAACUUGUUCGAUGUUGCUGUGGGCGCCUGGUGAGGCAGCAUGCUGGCUUCACAGCCAGCUUGGCAAUGAAGUAUUCGGAUGUGAAAUUGGGUGAAAAUGAAAUGCCAGAGCUGGAGGAGUGGUCAGUGGAAAAACAUACAGAGGAAAACCCAACUGAUGCUUACGGCAUCAUCAACUUUCAGGGAGGGUCUCAUUCCUACAGAGCCAAGUAUGUGCGACUAUCAUAUGACUCUAAACCCGAAGCAGUUUUACGCCUUAUGCUGAAGGAAUGGCAAAUGGAGCUUCCAAAGAUCGUCAUCUCUGUGCACGGAGGAAUGCAAAACUUUGAUCUGCAUCCUCGUAUCAAACAAGUGAUUGGCAAGGGCCUCAUUAAAGCAGCGGUUACAACAGGAGCUUGGAUUUUAACUGGAGGAGUGAACACAGGUGUUGCCAAACAUGUUGGUGAUGCCUUAAAGGAACAUUCAUCCCGAUCAUCUCGGAAAAUUUGCACAGUUGGAAUAGCACCUUGGGGUGUAAUUGAGAACAGAAAUGACUUGAUUGGAAGAGAUGUUGUUGCACCUUAUCAAACACUACUAAACCCCCUAAGUAAACUAAAUGUCUUGAACAAUCUUCAUUCGCACUUCAUUCUGGUGGAUGAUGGAACAGUUGGAAAAUACGGAGCAGAAGUAAAGCUACGCAGAGAAUUAGAGAAACACAUUAAUCUGCAAAGAAUUCAUGCAAGAAUUGGACAAGGUGUACCUGUGGUAGCCCUGAUAUUUGAAGGGGGACCCAAUGUGAUUCUCACUGUGUUAGAGUACCUGCAGGAGAGCCCCCCAGUUCCAGUGGUGGUUUGUGAAGGAACAGGUCGAGCAGCAGAUAUUAUUGCAUAUAUUCACAAACAAACUGAGGAAGGAGGUGGUUUGCCUGUUGGUGUUGAAAGUGAAAUUAUUUCAACAAUUAAAAAAACAUUUAACUUCAAUCAAAAUGACGCCGUCCAUCUUUUUCAAACCCUUAUGGAAUGCAUGAAAAAUAAAGAACUGAUUACAGUAUUUCACAUUGGUUCAGAAGACCACCAAGAUAUCGAUGUUGCAAUUUUAAGAGCCUUGUUAAAAGGUACUAAUGCUUCUGCAUUUGAUCAGCUUGUCCUGACACUGGCCUGGGACAGAGUGGAUAUUGCAAAGAAUCAUGUUUUUGUUUAUGGUCAACAAUGGCUGGUUGGUUCUCUGGAGCAAGCUAUGCUAGAUGCCCUGGUCAUGGAUCGUGUUGAAUUUGUAAAACUUCUGAUUGAAAAUGGAGUUAGCAUGCACAAGUUUCUCACAAUCCCUCGGCUAGAGGAACUGUACAACACGAAACAAGGCCCCACCAAUCCAACCCUUUUCCAUCUUGUUCGGGAUGUCAAACAGGGAAACCUUCCUCCAGAUUACAAGGUCACGUUAAUUGAUGUUGGCCUUGUGAUAGAAUACUUGAUGGGUGGAACAUACAGGUGUAACUACACAAGGAAGCGUUUUAGAAUUGUUUACAACAAUCUCCAUGGAAACAGCCGGCGUUCUGGACGUCACUCCUCCUCAAGUAGUGUACCUCAACUGCGCAAGAAUCAUGAAUCUUUCAAUAUCAGAGCAGAUAAAAAAGAGAAGACCAGACAUAAUCACUUCAUAAAGACUGCCCAACCCUAUAAACCAAAGCUUGAAACUUCAGUUGACCAGUCAAAGAAGAAGAAAAGCAAAGAAGAAAUAGUUGAUAUUGAUGAUCCUGAAACCAGGCGUUUCCCAUAUCCUUUCAAUGAACUUCUCGUUUGGGCUGUGCUAAUGAAGAGGCAAAAAAUGGCACUUUUUUUCUGGCAGCAUGGUGAAGAGUCCAUGGCAAAAGCCUUAGUAGCAAGCAAGCUUUACCGAUCUAUGGCAUAUGAAGCAAAACAAAGUGAUGUUGUUGAUGAUACAUCUGAAGAACUCAAAGAGUAUUCAAACGAGUUUGGAACCCUUGCAGUAGAUUUGCUAGAACAAUCUUUCAGACAGGAUGAAACAAUGGCCAUGAAACUUCUGACCUAUGAACUGAAAAAUUGGAGUAAUUCAACAUGCCUUAAACUUGCAGUUUCGUCCAGGUUACGGCCGUUUGUGGCACAUACUUGCACACAGAUGCUGUUAUCAGACAUGUGGAUGGGGCGUUUAAACAUGCGGAAGAAUUCUUGGUAUAAGGUGAUUCUGAGUAUUUUAGUCCCACCUGCCAUUCUGAUGCUGGAAUACAAAACAAAGGCAGAAAUGUCACACAUUCCUCAGUCACAAGAUGCUCACCAAAUGACCAUGGAAGACAGUGAACACAAUCUUCAGAGUCCCCCUGAUGAAAUUCAAAUGGAUGUGUUCAAGGAAGUCAGACCCAAUGACAAUAUUGAAAUGAAAAAUGAAGCAGAAUUUCAUAGACCAAGAAGAAUACCAGUUACCAGAAAAUUCUAUGCAUUUUACCAUGCCCCAAUUGUGAAGUUCUGGUUUAACACGCUAGCUUACUUGGGAUUUUUGAUGCUGUACACUUACACUGUUCUGGUGAAAAUGCCAGAAAUGCCUUCACCUCAAGAAUGGAUUGUCAUCUGUUAUAUUUUUACAUCUGCCGUUGAGAAAAUAAGAGAGAUCUUUAUGUCUGAAGCUGGAAAGAUAAAUCAAAAGAUUAAAGUGUGGUUCGGUGAUUAUUUUAAUAUUACUGACACCAUUGCAAUUGUCACAUUUUUCAUUGGCUUUGCACUAAGACUUGGAAGUGAAAGUGUCCUCAUUGCUGGAAGAAUAAUGUAUUGUCUGAACAUUAUAUUUUGGUAUGUGAGACUUCUGGAUUUCCUAGCAGUGAAUCAACAGGCCGGACCUUAUGUAAUGAUGAUUGGAAAAAUGGCAACCAAUAUGUUUUACAUUGUGGUGAUCAUGGCCGUUGUCUUGCUGAGCUUUGGAGUUCCAAGGAAGGCUAUUCUCUAUCCAGAUGAAGAGCCAUCAUGGACCCUGGCAAGAGACAUUGUGUUUCAGCCUUACUGGAUGAUAUUUGGGGAAGUGUAUGCAUAUGAAAUUGAUGUGUGUGCAAAUAAUACAGAAAUCAAGGGACUUUGUAGUGUUGGAGUAUGGCUGACCCCCUUCUUACAAGCAGUCUACCUCUUUGUUCAGUAUAUUCUUAUGGUGAACCUUCUGAUUGCCUUUUUCAACAAUGUAUAUUUGCAAGUCAAGUCCAUGUCCAACAUUGUGUGGAAAUAUCAGCGGUACCAUUUUAUCAUGGCCUACCAUGAAAAGCCAGUUCUUCCUCCACCGCUCAUUAUUUUAAGCCACCUGGUGUCUUUGUGCUCAUGCAUUUGCAGAAAAAGGAAAAAAGACCGGACCUACGGCCCAAAGUUGUUCCUGACAGAAGAAGACCAGAAAAAACUGCAUGACUUUGAAGAACAGUGUGUAGAGAAGUACUUUCAUGAAAAGGAUGACCAGUUUCACUCUGGGAGUGAGGAAAGGAUUAGAGUUACUUUUGACAGGGUGGAAAAUAUGUGCAUACAACUGAAAGAAGUAAGUGACAGAGUGAACUACAUAAAGCGGUCUUUGCAUUCACUGGAUUCCCAGAUUGGCCACCUUCAAGACCUAUCGGCUCUUACAGUGGACACUUUAAAAGCCCUAAGUGCACAAAGAGCAUCGGAGGUCAGCAAAGUUCAUAAUGAAAUAACCAGGGAACUUAGUAUUUCCAAGAACCUUGGCUCAAAUCUUGUUGACAUUAGUUCUCAGAAAUCAUCUGUGCUGAUGAAACACAGCAUUGGUGCAUAUUUUGGGUCCUCAUAUGCUCAAUGUGGAGGUACAAUUUCAGACUCACUCUUUGGCAGCAGCUCUCAACCUGAUCCCAGAGACAGAGAUAAGGUCAACAGGCAGUUUGGUUCAGACCUUACCCCAAGUCCAGAAAGGAAACCCUUUCACAUUCCAGAGGAUAAUACCUCAGAAAGUGCCUUAAUUCGAUAUUCUGUAUCUCCUCCUGAACUUCGGCAUCGAGGGCACACAGUGAUGGAGAGACAGAUGCCCUCUCAAGAACAUUUGAAAACUUCAGACACACCCAACAGUUUGCCAAACAUCUCAUCUCCAACUGCAAAAUUCUAUGUUAGCACACCAUCUCAGCCUAGUGAGUUUAGCCAGUUGGAUUUUGCAACUGAUGGAAGCCAAGUUGUUAUUCCUUGCACAAAUGAAAGCAGUAAUAUUGAAUUUGGGGCAUUUGUGGGUCAUAAAGAGAUCAGAGAUGAACAUGACUCGGGUGCUAAAAGUGCUGCUACCACACUGAAAGAGCCAAGCUUUAGAAAAGAUGCCAAAGAAAUGGGUAGCAAUUAUCCUGAUGGUCAAAUGAGGACAGUCAAUUCAUAUGCUGGAUUUACAGAAUUUGAUAGGAAUCCAGCAGUUCAGCAGACAGAUGCCUCAUUGCUUAGAAAAAACAAUAGAGAGCAAAGCACAGUUUCUGCUGAAAAUAUACAGUAUCAAGAAGACAUCAAAACAUCCUUGUUUCCGGACUGGGUACAAGAACAGUCAGCAGGUGCUGCUGGGCCAGUGCAAACGGGAGACAUGCCUUUAAAUGCCCCCACAAGUCUCUACUCCUCACGACAAUUACUACUUGGCAACAGAAUAUUGGACUCUAUUGGUUCUCCUUUCAAGCCAACACUAGAUGUUAAUUUUCAGUACUCAGCUGUCGAGAGAAAUAAUUUGAUGAGGUUAGCUCAGAGCAUUCCUUUCACUCCUGUACCUCCAAGAGGGGAACCUGUGACAGUUUACAGACUGGAAGAGAGCUCUCCCAAUACAAUAAACAACAGCAUGUCUUCUUGGUCACAGAGGGGACUUUGUGCAAAAAUAGAGUUCUUGAGCAAAGAGGAAAUGGGAGGAGGCCUGCGAAGAGCUUUAAAGGUUAUGUGUACUUGGUCAGAAUAUGAUAUCCUUAAACCUGGACAUUUUUAUAUCGUCAAGUCCUUCCUUCCAGAGGUGAUAAACACUUGGCAAAGUAUUUACAAAGAAGAAACCGUAUUGAACCUUUGUCUUAGGGAAAUCCAACAGCAAAGGGCUGCUCAGAAACUGACAUUUGCCUUCAAUCAAAUGAAGCCAAAGACCAUUCCAUAUUCUCCAAGAUUCUUAGAGGUUUUCUUGCUGUACUGCCAUUCUGCUGGCCAGUGGUUUGCAAUUGAAGAGUGCAUUACAGGAGAAUUCAGAAAAUUCAACAACAACAAUGGAGAUGAGAUUAUUCCCACAAAUCUGCUAGAAGAGACUAUGCUUGCAUUCAGCCACUGGACGUACGAAUACACCAGGGGAGAACUUCUAGUACUAGAUAUGCAAGGUGUUGGUGAAAGCUUAACAGAUCCGUCUGUGAUUAAAAGUGGAGAAAAGGGAUCCCAUGACAUGAUAUUUGGACCAGCUAACUUGGGAGAUGAUGCUAUUAAGAACUUUCGUGCUAAACAUCACUGCAACUCAUGUUGUAGAAAACUAAAACUUCCCGAUCUCAAGAGGAAUGACUAUACUCCAGAUAAAGCAACUCUAAUGCAUGAUGACCCAACAGAAGUGACCAUUCAGCCUGGAACCAGUACCAAAGAGACUAAGCAUUCUAUACGUCUGAUGUUGUGAAUGUCAGCUAUAUCGUGAGUGCGUGUUGAAUGAAUCAUGGACGGAUGUGAAAACCGUCUUCCAUUUCCUUGUGUCCCCCUUUUCUUAAUGGAGUUUGCAAGCACUUGUAGAGAAGGCCUGUGAAUGUGAAGGUGUAUUAAUCUGCACACCUCCUGUUGCAAUCUUCAUACUUUGGAUUUCAAGAGUAGAAUUUUACUUAAAAGUGCCAGUUUAGUGGGUGUACUGCAUGGACUGGAGUCUCCGAUUGCUGCAAAUAAAUCUAGAUAUAGCAGGUCUAAUUUCUAAAGACUGUAUGGUUUUAAAAUUAUGUAAAUUGGACAGUACUUUUACAGAUUUUUUUGUAUAGGCUUAUUAUAUCAAAACUGGCUCUUAACUGGUACAAUCUCAUUGUAUAGAGGGGUUUAGUAUUUAUUAUUAAUUAAAAUGCUGCCUUGUAUAAAGAAAAAAGCAAAGUUGUUUUGUUUUCAAGUGCUUUGUUAAAACAGUUGUCAACAGGAUUACCUGUAGAGUUUAAACUUCUGCAAGAUUUCUGAUGCAGAAUAUAAUCCUGAUUUUUUUUACUCAAUUGUAAAAUAUAUAGAAAUAUGUAUUAUGCUAUUUGUGGUACAUACUUUAUACAUAAAUAUAAACUGAAAAUCUUGUAUGAUAAUGGGCAGAUUGCAAUGCAGCUUUAUCAGAGUAUGUGUAAUUUAAUAGUCCUAUGUUUUGUUGAACUUGGCAAGCAAAACAUAAAAUUGUUCUAAUGGUGAGAAUUUAUAUGUUACAACGAUACUCUUGUCAUUUUUAAAAGUGUUAAUAAAAACUUUUGAAUCUAAUGUAUCUUAUAGAUACAAUUAUUUGGCACGAACAAAAAGGUGAAAAUAUUUUAUGCAGAUGGGGAAUGGUAAAAUGUAUACAUCUGAAAUACAUUGUAAAAAAAUUUUGUAUAUCAUUUAAUCUAAUAAAAUUAUAAUUUUUUGA